GAAAAUAUGGCAGAAAGAGAAGGUGUUGAGAGUCAGUCAUCACAGGCAACUAAGAAAAGAAAACCGAAUUGGACAGCAGAUGAAUGCUUGUUUUUAAGCAAGUGUGUAGAAGAACAUAAAAGUAUCCUUCGAGCUAAAUUCGGAACGGGGGUUACGACAUUAAAGAAACGGGAGAUUUGGAGGAAAAUCACAGAUGCCAUCAAUGCCUCUUCCUCCACCAAGCGAACGGUGGAGGAAGUUGAGAAGAAAUGGCACAAUAUACAGAUGAAGGGGAAAGCAGAGCUGGCAGACGCACGACGUAGUGUGAAACAAACGGGCGGUGGACCAGCGGGAAAGCCUUUAACGCCAUUAGCAGAAGCAGUUGGGAGUGUUAUUGGUACCAACAAUAUAAGUAUCAGUGGGAUCCCUGGUACAGUUGACACAACAUAUCUAAUGCUCGACAGACCAAAGAUCAGCACGGAAACCACAGCGAGUACGAUUGAAUCAGAUGGCCUUGUGACUCAAUAUCUCCAUGUCAUCAGCACCAGUGAAUCUGGAGAUAGGCAGCAACAAAUAAACUUUGUUACUGUCCCACAGCCAAAGGCAUGUCCUACCAAUGUUUGCACCCACACCGUAAUUGACCCGCAUCUGCAAAAGCAGAAGCUAGAACUGGAAAUUGAGAAUCUCACCCUCCGAAACAAGUUUAUACGACUUCAGAUUGAAAGAAUUGAAGGAGUAGAUACAAGUAGUGAAUUAUAAGCGCUUUGACACGAAUUUACUCACAUUUAGUAAUUAUCAAAUAGUUCUAUAAUCUUGAAUUAAAUAAUGUUGCCAGUACUUUUUUAAUUAUUUGUAUCUUUUCAUUUACUGUUACGCAGUGACCACUUACCUGUU